AUGCUUGAUAUUAUCUUCAUAAUUUUUGGAACUUUUGGACAUUUUCUAGCUAUUCACACAUUCUGGAAUCGGUUUUCUGGAUCGUCGCGAAUUAUUCUGGUAACAUUGAGCUUGUCUAUGAUUUUUCAUAUGAUUUCGAGUUGGUCGAAAGAGAUUUUUUUCGAAAGUUUGAUUAGAGAUUAUGUUUCGAGAUAUUCUUAUAUGAUGUCUAUUACACUUCAACAAGUUUUCAGUCUUGAUAGAUUAGUGUUCAUAAAGUUUCCGAAAUUCUACAAAUCGAUUUUCUACACUUUAUUAUUCAUAAUCAUAUAUGUUCUGAUUCUUGGUAUUUCCACAUGCUUUACACUUUCCGUAAGUCUAGAAUUAUAUGUAUUUCUAACUAGAAAUUAUCUUUGUUUUUUUUAAAAUCAGAAUGAUCAAAUUCAACUCAUGUGGUUGGUCUUGUUUUCGUGUUUGAUUAUUUUCAAACUCCCUAUGGAGCUCAUUGCUAUGAUAAGUGCUCGCAGGAAAUAUGCUCAAACCACGGGCGCAAAUUUAAAUCAACGAUUCGAUCUCUCGAUUUCCUACGAGAUCACAAAAAGUUUUGUAUUGGGUACAAUUUUCAACAUUUUCCUGCAAAUUCUGCUGGCAAUCCUUGCAGUUCCAAUUAUUUUCGAAUUUAUUGAUGAAUCAAUCUCGAUUUUAUCAGUUCUUCAUAUAAUUGUUAUUCUGGAAAUGUCAAUGUUCCCCUGGAUUGUUUUGAUAACUAAUAAGAAAUGGAGAAACAAAAUUAUCACAAUAUGUAAUAAGAAAAAAUCGAAUAAAGUGCAUGUUGUGAAUUUAAAGGGGCAGAGCAUUUUAACGAAUCCAAGUCAGAAAGAUUAUUUCGAUCAAUUGGAGGCGUCUUGGAAUAUAUAA